CUUCAGCCUCUCGACCCAGGCCCCGCCCACCCUGCCCACCCCCCAUCCCGGAGUAUCAUGUGGCCCCUAGUGGCUGCCAUCUCUUGCCUGACCGUGGCCUUGUCCGGAGGGAUCUCCCGGGACUAUCCCAAGAUUCUCAAUGGUACCAACGGGACCAACGGUUUUCUCCCAGGUGGCUAUACCUGCCCGCCCCACUCUCAGCCUUGGCAGGCAGCUCUGCUGGUCCACGGACGACUUCUCUGUGGAGGCGUUCUGGUUCACCCCAAAUGGAUACUCACGGCGGCCCACUGCAGAAAAGAAGGGUACACCGUUCAUCUGGGCAAGCAUGCCCUGGGGCGUGCGGAGAACGGCGAGCAGGCAAUGGAGGUGGUCCGCUCCAUCCCCCAUCCUCAAUACCAGGUCACCCCCACCCACCUGAACCACGACCAUGAUAUCAUGCUUCUGGAGUUGAAGGCCCCGGUCCAGCUCAGCAGCCACAUCCGGACUCUGCCACUCUCCCCAGAUGACUGCCUGCCCACCGGCACCUGCUGUCGCGUUUCUGGCUGGGGCACCACCACCAGUCCCCAGGUGAACUACCCCAAAACCCUGCAGUGUGCCAACAUUGAACUGCGCUCAGACGAGGAGUGCCGGCAGGUGUACCCCGGGAAGAUCACUGCCAACAUGCUCUGCGCUGGUACCAAAGAAGGCGGAAAGGACUCCUGUGAAGGGGACUCCGGGGGCCCGCUGGUUUGCAACGGCAAACUCUACGGCAUCAUUUCGUGGGGGGAUUUUCCAUGCGGACAGCCCAACCGACCUGGCGUUUAUACACGAGUCUCAAAAUACCGGCGUUGGAUCUGGACGAUCAUCAGAAACACUCCGGAGCAGAGACGGACUGAGGGCAUACAAUAAAACUGGGUUCACUUGCCUGCCUCCUUCCCCUACUAUGGCUAUCUCACUGUGCGUUCCUCCCUUCUCUGUCACACCUGCCCUAAGGGGCCCUUUGGAACCACAGACUCAUAUCCACUGACUGCCCUCCACCAGCCUUGAAUUACCCCGUUAACUUGAGUGCUCUAAACCAAACACCAUCCCCAUCACAGCUAUGUCAGCAUGUCCACCAUACACUGGAGCUGACCCCUGACUAUGCCAGUUCUGUGGAUGCACUUAGUCAUUUCACUUCCUCAUCUCAGUAGCAUCUUGUAGAUGGACCUUCCCUCACAGCUUCUUGGAGCGCUAAAACUGUUUACUCCUUGACAGCAUUGUACAUUUUAUAUUCAAGAAGUUUCAAGACUUCUGUGUUAUUUCAUUCUGAAAGGUUUGUUUUUUUUUUUUGUUUUUUUUUUUUGGUCCAGAAUAUUCUGCCUUGGCCACAUCUUAUGCACUUCAAGUGACCGCCAUAGGUACUCUGCAUAGCUUAGAUAUCACACUCCAAUAUCUAGACUCAAACUACAUCCCAUAUUCUACAAGGCCCAGCCCCUGUCAACUCUGUCCCGCUUGAGUUGCCGCCAUCAUGGAUCAAUAGCUCUCUGGUCCCUACAGUUACAGGAUCCAAAGGGCCUCCUUUCUAGAUCUUCUCAACCCCACAAGUCUCCAUUCGUCUCCCCCACAAACAUCCUUACUCAAUAGUCCUUGUUUUCAUACCUUUGCCUAUGACCCUGCAUCCGCUUAAUGCUAAUCCCUGCUUUGAAUAAGUCAUAAAACUCACAACUUCCUUGCUUCCUUUUUUUGUUUUGUUUUGUUUUGUUUUGUUUUGUUGUGUUUUGCUUGAGACAUUGGUCUUGCUUGGCAGCCUGGGCUGUCCUGGAAUCCUCCUGCCUCAUCCUGCAGAGUGUGAGUAUGACAGGUGUGCGCCGCCCACACCCCGCUCUGUUCUCUUGCCUUAGAAUGGGUUCACAAUUCAUCCAGAGAGCAUUGUCACAGCGGUCAAGUCUAUUACUCACCCUACACACUCACCACUGGAUCUGAAGUGUCUCAGAAACUGUAGUCUAUAUACACUGUGCUGGGUGUUAAAAAUA